AUGGCCGCCGCCGCCGCAGCGACGCUCGCCCCGGCCUCCCCUCCGCUGCUGCCCUCCGUCUGCGUCCGCCGCGACGGCCGGCUGCGCCUCACGCCCCGCCGCGCCGCCGGGUGCCGCUGCAGGGCGACGGCGCAGUUCCAGGGCGGCCCCGCCGCCAGCUACGCCCGCGAGAUGGAGCGCCUCUCCGCCAAGGAGUCCCUGCUCCUCGCCUUCAGGGACUCUGGAGGCUUCGAAUCCUUUGUGAGCGGCAAGACCACGGAGAUGCAGAAGAUCGACGUCAAUGAGCGCAUCGUCGGCCUCGAACGCCUCAACCCCACUCCUCGUCCCACAACAUCGCCCUACCUGGAAGGUCGAUGGAACAUUGAAUGGAGGUCACCUACAAGUGUCGCACACUUUACGGGGCUUGAUGUGGUGAUCAGGGAUGGCUACUGCAAAAUUUCCUCAAACGUCAAGCUCUUUAAUACGAUACAAAACAGAUUUGUUCUGACUACUCAGCUGUCUGUGGAGGGGCCUAUCAGGAUGAAGGAGGAAUACGUUGAGGGAUUUUUGGAAACCCCCAAAAUCAGUGAAGAAACGCUGCCUGAACAACUGAAGGGCUUAAUUGGACAAACUGCAGGGGCUCUACAACAACUUCCUGCCUCUAUAAGGGAUGCUGUUUCGGAGGGGGUUACGUUACCUCUUAAUGGGAUGUACCAGCGCUUAUUCAUGAUUUCCUACCUUGAUGAAGAAAUACUGAUAAUCCGAGAUGCUGCUGGAGCACCUGAUGUCCUGACAAAACUGGAAGGGCCGCAACCAAACCCAAUGGAGAACACGCCCGAUGUAGUGAUUCCGGAAUAUCAAAGCUAG